AUGUCACGCGCCUCAGCUGGCUUUGCGGACUUUUUUUCCCACGGCACCAUCGGAUCUGAUGGUGAACCCGCGGCGCCCGACCCUGCGCUGUUGACCGCGUCCAGCGCUUCCGCAACUGGCGGGGCAUCAAAUGAACCCGCGGGUGACGAAGAGACCAGAUCACCUCCAUCCAACGGCCCAGGCGUUGUCGCGACCGCGCCAACCGACUCCACAGAGUCCAAUGGAACAAAUCUUGCGAUCAUCGCAAAGUCUCAUCCCCCACCGCCGGCCCCAUCACAUAUCGACACCCUAACACCGCUCACCAACGCGGAGUCAUCUCCGGCCCAGAAAGCGACCAGUCCACCACCGAAAUCAAUAGACACAUCCUCUCCUCAUAGUCAACCCAUUACUUUACACGCAGAACCCACCAAGACGUCGGUGACGCCUAUUCACACCCCGCCAACCCCCCAGUCCCAAUCUCAACCCCGUCAAGAAAUCGUGAUCGGGGGUUGCAAAGCUGUUUAUGACCCAGAUCUGGACAAGCGAGGGUCCAAAGAAAGGCGACGGAAACCCGAGUAUGUGGACAUCGUCACAAAUGGCCAGUCCGGUCCUCCCGACCCACGCCUCGGGAUCGCCAAUUAUACCCGCGGAUCAGGCUGCAAACAAAAGACCAAAUACCGCCCGGCCCCAUACACGUUGAAGAUAUGGCCAUAUGAUGCCGCGACUAGUAUUGGACCUGGGCCGCCGGUUCAGGUGGUCGUCACCGGAUUCGAUCCUCUUACUCCGAUCGCUCCGAUUAGCGCGCUUUUUUCGAGUUUUGGUGACAUCGCGGAAAUGAACAACCGGACCGAUCCGAUUACUGGACGAUUCCUGGGCAUCUGUUCCAUCAAAUACAAAGACAGCACCUCGUCUCGCGGGCGUGGCCCCGUUACAGCAGCCAGCGCGGCAAGGCGGGCAUAUCUCGAGUGCAAAAAGGAACAGCGUAUUGGGACUCGCAGGAUUCGUGUUGAGCUAGAUCGCGAUGGGAUUGUAUCAGAACGCAUGGCUUCCAAGACCAUCGAGACUCAGCGAUUGGCGGCCUCGAAAAUCGCCUCAGCCGAGACAAGACCAACUGACCCUCAGACUAGGAAAAAUGAACCGCCACCAUCCGCACCGAAAGGCCCUUCCGGACGCUCUGCCAUGCGUCCCGGGCUGGCGAUUCCGGAAGGACCCCGAGCGAGCAUUCGAUCUCCAUCAGUUCAAUCCCUCGUCGAAGACACUCCGAUCUUAAGCCAGAUCAAGCGCGAGCCCUACAUUUUCAUCGCCCAUUGCUACGUCCCUGUCCUCAGUACAACGGUCCCUCAUCUUCGUAAGCGACUCAAGCUGUUCAAUCACCGAGCCAUUCGCUGUGACAAGACGGGCUACUAUAUUAUCUUCGAAAAUUCCCGACGAGGCGAAGAAGAAACCGAACGUUGCUAUCGGCUGUGUCAUAUGCAGCCCCUAUUUACCUACAUCAUGAACAUGGAGAGCCAACCCUAUGGAAAUCCCAAUUAUGUACGCAGUCCGAGCCCGGAGCGUCUUCGCGCGGAACAGCAAGCCAAAGCCCACCAGGAGAGGGUCAAGAAAGAAGCGGAACUGGAUCUGGAGGAGGAAAAGAAAGCGCGUGCAAUUGAUAUGGAUCCUUGCCGAGAAGUGCUGUCGAUUAUUAUUCGGGACUUAAGAGACAAACUUCUCGAAGAUGUCAAGUCCCGUAUCGCAGCCCCAACAUUGUAUGACUACCUUGAUCCGAGCCGACACGCAGCGAGGCGGGAAAAGUUAGGCAUACGGGAACCUGAAGGAACUAAACAACCAACCUUCCGAAUUGGUACAGAGAGCACGUUAGGCACUCCGGACCCUCGUUCUGAGCUUUCCAAUGCGCGAGAUCCUCUUCGAUCAUCCAAUCUUAAUGUCCUGGCCCUUCCACGCAUUCGGAAGGCCCACGGCCUUCGAAAGAGGGAGGUUCGCCCUCUUUACCAUCGAUUACAGCAACUGCACGACGAGGAGGAUUCAGAUGAUGAUCGGCGAACCCCUCUUACUAGAGACACGGAAGAACGAAGCAGUCGGCCGCCUAGUCGCGCAAGUUCCGAGUCCUCGACCUCCGAUCAGGACGAGGAAUAUCCAUCAGACGCCCUAGAAUCAUUUGGAGUGAGCGAGGCACAGGUGGACGAACAAGUUGACGAGGAAAAGGAUGGCUUUUCCAUAGACACGGAAGCCUUGUCCCCUCUAUCACGCAAGAGAAAGAGGCUUACUGAAGAGUCGGAGGCUCGUAAACGUCACAGACAGGAUGCUGAGCUCUUCGGCGCCGAACCCCCGGAAGCAACUACGGAUGAACAUCAUAAGACCUUCACCGACUUCGAUACAGAUUUUGCUGGAGAACAAACAGCCAAGUUACCGGCACAGGAUGAACUGGCGACAGAUAAUCGCUCUGAGCUCGGCGGCCCGUCCAAAGAACUCGUCGGCGGCGACCCUUCUAUUGAAGAAGAAUUGGAAGAAGAGACCUUUGAUAAGCCAAGAACUGAAAUCGAGUGGGGUGUCUCCAAGCAUGAGCCACGAGCAACGGUGGAAGACGAUGAAUCCCUUCUCCUGGAUCUACAUGGCUGGCAGCACCUGGUCAAGGAUGAUGAAGACAUGCGAUUUCUUCGGGAAGUUUUGCACGAUCAGGCUGCAUCGGCCGUUGGCAAUCUUGCCGCCUGGGCCUGGCGACAGAAGGAAAUCAAGGCUCUCAACCAGCUGGAGCCGACGGGACCAACACAUGAUGCUAUUGCGAUCACCGGAUACUAUGUUCCAAAUAACACUGGCGCUGCUCGGACGGAAGGACGGAAGAGGAUUCUCGAGUCCGAAAAAUCCAAGUACCUUCCACACAGAAUCAAAGUACAAAAGGCUCGAGAAGAGCGGGAGGCCAAAGCAAAGGCAGACCCCCAGGCAGCUGCGGCUGAAGCUGCCAGAAUCGCUGCGGCGAAGACCAUUUCAAAAUCAACAUCCCGCUCGACCCGUGUUAAUAACCGUCGACUUAUUGCCGACAUUAAUGCGCAGAAGCAAGCACUUCCUACCUCCAGUGGCGAAGGAGAUGUUCUUCGUUUCAAUCAACUCAAAAAGCGGAAAAAGCCUGUUCGAUUUGCCCGCUCUGCUAUCCAUAACUGGGGAUUGUAUGCUGAAGAGGACAUUUCUGCCAAUGAUAUGAUUAUCGAAUAUGUGGGCGAGAAGGUUCGGCAACAGGUUGCGGAUAUGAGAGAACGUCGAUAUCUCAAAAGCGGCAUUGGUAGUAGCUACCUUUUCCGCAUCGAUGAAAACACAGUCAUCGAUGCUACGAAACGAGGUGGCAUUGCUCGAUUCAUCAAUCACAGCUGCACACCAAACUGCACUGCAAAAAUCAUCAAGGUCGAUGGUAGCAAACGAAUUGUGAUCUACGCACUCAGAAACAUCGAAAGAGAUGAAGAGCUCACGUACGAUUACAAAUUUGAACGUGAAUGGGACAGUGACGAUCGCAUUCCUUGCUUGUGUGGCUCAACUGGCUGCAAGGGCUUCCUCAAUUAA